ACACAGAAGAUUGCAUCAAAUGUCCUGAGGAUCAGUAUCCAAGCAAAGUGCAAGAUCAAUGCCUUAACAAAACAAUGAGUUUCCUGUCUUUUGAAGAACCUUUAGGAAUCAGUCUGGCCUCAGCUGCUGUUUCCUUUUCCUUCAUGACAGUCAGUGUGCUUGGAAUUUUCCUUAAGCGUAGAGAUACCCCCAUUGCCAAGGCCAAUAACCGGGACCUCACUUACACUCUCCUUAUUGCCCUCUUACUGUGCUUUCUCUCUUCCUUGUUAUUCCUUGGUCAGCCAGGGAAAGUAACCUGCCUUUUCCGGCAACCAGCAUUCAGCAUCAUCUUCUCAGUUGCUGUUUCAUGUGUGUUAGCUAAAACUAUUACGGUGGUUGUAGCUUUCAUGGCUACUAAACCAGGUUCUUCAAUGAGAAAAUGGGUGGGAAAAAGAUUGGCUCUAUCCAUUGUCUUUUCUUGUUCUUUUCUUCAAGCAGUUCUUUGCAUUAUAUGGUUGGCAACAUCUCCUCCCUAUCUUGAGUUAAAUAUGCAGUUCCUGAUGGAAACUAUGAUUCUGCAAUGCAAUGAAGGUUCCAUCUUCAUGUUCUAUUGUGUGCUGGGCUAUCUGGGCUUCUUGGCCAUCGCCAGCUUUAUUGUGGCUUUUCUUGCCCGUAAUUUACCUGAUAGCUUUAAUGAAGCCAAGUUCAUCACCUUCAGCAUGUUGGCUUUCUGCAGUGUGUGGAUCUCUUUUGUUCCAACCUAUCUGAGCACCCGAGGAAAAGCCAUGGUAGCUGUGGAGAUAUUCUCCAUCUUAUCCUCCAGCGCUGGAUUAUUGGGAUGCAUCUUCUUCCCAAAAUGCUUCAUCAUUGUGUUGAGGCCAGAACUAAAUAGCAGGCACCAACUAAUCAAACGAAACAAUUAA